UCAGAGUGCAUACUCUGGUUGUUGGAGCUCGACAACAUCAACGACGGGUCACAAUCGAGGCGGAUCGAAGGAUUUCGUGGGGGUUACUAUACUUGUCGGAAUCCCGAUUCUCUUAGAUGGAAUCUUAAGCCUCUCCGCCGGAAUCUCAAUCCUAAUUUUAAGAGUCUGCACUCUAAGUUUGGGUGGUACGAAUAUUAUGCUCAGAAAAUGACAAUUGAAAUGUGUGGAUCCAUAUGGCGGAGACCCUGUUGGCCCGAGAAGGAAGAUGGUGAGUUAGUGACAGAGAAGCUGGAAAGGAUUUUCAGGUGGAGCACGAUAUGGGCACCAGGUCCACUAGAGGAAAAGGUGCAAAACAUAGUCAAGACAUGGGAAAUGGAGAUGUUCCACAAAGUGGAUUUUGAUGAUCUUAAGUCUGUGGACCCUAUCAAGUAUAGGUCAGCCUUAAUGGUAUCGAUUAUCUUUUAUACUUAA